AUGGAUGUCCGCCGGAACACUCUCGAGCGUGCUAGGUUGAUUUUGGAUGGCAAACUUCCUUUCCAGCUCGGCGGGGAUAUGGAUGUCUCUAGACCGUCCCUAUCGCCUCUCGAACAUUCUACAACAUUCCCAACCAUCCAACCCAGCUGGCCAGUGGCCACUCGCCGCCACGACGACUCGACACUGGAGUCGUGUUGCUCCGCUAAACAUAGAGACCUUGCUGGCCUCUCCGCACUCCGGGGUUCUCGCACCAGAAGCUUUGCUACUUCGAAGGAGGAAGCUGGUUUCAAUAAACAGACUUUGGACACUGGCCUUGCUCUUGGACUUCAAGAAGGGACCAUGUCUGAAUGA